AUGCCCGUCCCGGACGAGACAUCUUCCCCUUCACGGAAAAGAUCACACGACGACUCCGAGGAGGCCGAAGCGACAGUGCCGAAGUCCCCUUCUUUGGCGUCUUCCCCACGGAGCAGGCCAGACAGCGGGCAGCCUGAGAACCACGAUGGGCACCCUUUCACUGCCGCAGGCGGUCCACUGGUGAUGUGGGGCUCAGUCUGGAAGAAGAGGUCCAAUCUCUCGCGGACCACGAAGGUCUUCCGGCUGCUGCGCCGGGAGGCGCGGGCGCUGCUGAGCCACGGGGAGGAGUGGCUCCAGGGGGGCGGCAGCCUUCACCUGGGCCGCGUGGGGCUCCUGGCCAAGGAGGUCAUGGCGCUGCUGGGGGCCACCAGCCCCGCGCUGCCGGCCCCGGAGCCGGAGCUGGAGGUGGAGAACGUCCGGGAGGUUCCCUGGGACAAGACCCACAUUUGCUUGCGCCAAGGAGGAGAGUUCUGCAAUGGGUGCGCCCACUCAAUGAGCGCGCCGAGCGAGAGGACCGCUCGGACAGCCUCUCGGUGGGACAGAUUGGGCCUCUGCAUGGCGGCAGCGUGGAGUUCCUCGGGGUGCAAAAGGUCCCACGGGGCCCGGAGCCUUUGUACGUGCUGCGCCUCUUCCCCACCCACGCCACACGGCGCCAGCCCUUCACCUUCGCCACGGAGACCUUAA